UGCACGACACACAUUGAUCAGCUCACCUCUUCAUCCUCCUGCACGCGAGAAUGGCCAUGGCGACGCCAAUGGCUCCCCGCUCCACGUUCGCCAUCUUCCUCAUCCUCCUGCUCCGUUCCGGCCACUCUCCGGCGGCCGCGUUCUAUCUCCCGGGCAGCUACCCGCACCGCUACCGCCCCGGCGAGGCGCUGGCCGCGAAGGUGAACUCCCUCACCUCGCCGUCGUCCAAGCUCCCCUUCCCCUACUACUCCCUCCCGUUCUGCGCGCCGCAGGGCGGCGUCAACCGCGCCGCCGAGAGCCUCGGCGAGCUCCUCCUCGGCGACCGCAUCGAGACCUCGCCGUACCGCUUCUCCAUGCUCAAGAAUGCCACCGCCUUCCUCUGCCGCACCGACCCGCUUCCCCCCGCCACCGCCGACCUCCUCAUGUUCCGCAUCGACGACGCCUACCACGUCAACCUCCUCCUCGACACGCUCCCCGUCGUCCGGUAUGUCAAGAACCUGGCCGCGCCAGGGGUGUUCGUCCGGUCUACCGGCUUCCCCGUCGGCGUGCGCGCCGACGACGGCGAGUACUACGUGUACAACCACCUCAAGCUCACCGUGCUGGUCAACAAGCCGCGGAACGGCACCACCAGGGCGGAGGCCCUGAUGGCGACCGCCGACGCCGUCGAGCUCAUCAGCUUCGCCGGCGGGAGCAAGGACGGCGGCGGGUACACCGUCGUCGGGUUCGAGGUCGUUCCGUGCAGCGUGGAGCACGAUGCGGCGGCGAUCAAGGGCAAGAAGAUGUACGACGAGCUGCCGGCGAGGGCGGCCGCCGGGUGCGACCCUUCGGUGGUCGGCAUGCGCGUGCGGGCCAACCGGCCGCUCGUCUUCUCCUACGAGGUGGCGUUCGUGGAGAGCGGCGUCGAGUGGCCGUCGCGGUGGGACGCGUACCUGGAGAUGGGCGGCGCCAAGGUGCACUGGUUCUCCAUCCUCAACUCCAUCGUGGUGGUGGCGUUCCUCGCCGCCAUCCUGCUCGUCAUCCUGCUGCGCACCGUGCGGCGCGACCUCGCGCAGUACGACGAGCACGGCGGCGAGGCGGGGUUGGCGCCGCAGGCGGACGAGCUCGCCGGGUGGAAGCUCGUCGCCGGGGACGUGUUCCGGGAGCCCGCCCACCCGGUGCUCCUCUGCGUGAUGGUCGGCGACGGGGUGCGCAUCCUGGCCAUGGCCGUCGCCACCAUCCUCUUCGCGGCGCUCGGGUUCAUGUCGCCGGCGUCGCGCGGCGCGCUCGUGACGGGCAUGCUCGGCAUCUACCUCCUCCUCGGCUUCGCGGCGGGGUACGCCGCCGUGCGGCUCUGGAAGACGGUGCGGCACGGGGACAGCGCCGGGUGGAAGCGCGUGGCGUGGCGCGCCUCCUGCGCCUUCCCCGGCGCGGGCUUCGCCGUCUUCACCGCGCUCAACUGCGUGCUCUGGUACAACGGCAGCACGGGCGCCGUGCCGUUCCUGCUCUUCGCCGUGAUCCUCCUCCUCUGGGCGUUCGUCUCCGUGCCGCUCACCCUCGCCGGCGGGCUGGUGGCAUCCCGCGUCGGGCACCUCGAGUACCCGGUGAAGACGAACAAGAUCGCGAGGCAGGUGCCGGCGGCGCAGUGCUCGCCGUGGGUGUUCGUGGCGGUGGCGGGGACGCUGCCGUUCGGGACGCUGUUCAUCGAGCUGCUGUUCAUCAUGUCGAGCCUGUGGCUGGGGAGGGUGUACUACGUGUUCGGGUUCCUGCUGGUGGUGAUGGCGCUGCUGGUGGCCGUGUGCGGCGAGGUGUCGGUGGUGCUCACCUACAUGGGGCUCUGCGUGGAGGACUGGAGGUGGUGGUGGCGCGCCUUCUUCGCCUCGGGCUCCGUCGCGGCCUACACCCUCGGCUACGCCGUCUACUACCUCGUCUUCGACCUGCACAGCCUCAGCGGCCCGGUCUCCGCCGCGCUCUACGUCGGCUACUCGCUGCUCAUGGCGCUCGCCGUCAUGCUCGCCACCGGCGCCGUCGGGCUCGCCGCCUCCUUCGCCUUCGUCUACUACCUCUUCUCCGCCGUCAAGCUCGACUGAUCCAUGGCGUCAUCGUCCGCACUGUCCACGUCAUUUCAUUAUGUAGGUGAUCUAUGCGUUUUAUUACUACAUGAUAAUAAGAUUAUUAUUUUUUGUUCCUCGUUUUGGUGUUUUCCAUUUUGUACUUCAUGAGUAUACACCGUAGUAGUACUAGAUAGAAACGAGUUUGAGUUUGGUUUAAAGGAGCACUAUUACAAGAUUUCACUUUGUAUUUAUAUCUGCACGUGUCAGCUGUUUGACUUCCA